UGAAAAAUACUUGAUCAAUCAUUUAUCGACGUUGUUUACGAUAUAAUAAAGGUUAUCUCUUCUUUAUUCACUGGAAGUCUUUCUCUCAAUAACCAACAAACAGACCGUAUGUGUGUGUAGUGUACCGUUUUUGUGGUAUCGAACAACGGUGCCGCAAAACCCAUAAUGGAAAGCGAUGAAAACGUAGGGACUGAACAAAGGCAAUUUCUGGUCGAUGGAGAGUACUUAAUUAAUGUAAAAGACCAUGUCAUCGCAGAUAUAAACCCGGAAGCAUCUUCUACUUAUAGUGCCACAACAAUCUUAAAUUACUUUCAAGAAAAAAUGAUAACACCCUAUCUACGCUUGAUGAGGUUAAUGAGUUUAAGACCUCUGAUUACCGCACAAGAAAACUGUGCAUUUUUCGAAUGUCUCAAUUUUUUUUACGUGCUCAUACUCUUGCUCCUCAUGAUUGCUGGGUACUUCUUGCAGUAUAUGUCGUGUUUUCGAAGGGAUAGAGGAUUUUGCUAUGUGGUCCAAACCACUGAUAUGUAUAGUGCUGUUGGAGUAAGUGAAAAAUUCAUACAGGACAAAAUCUGUUACGGAUCUACAGUUUUUAGUUUCAUUUUACCUGGUUGUCUGCAUCUUGUAGCGUACUUGCAUGCCAUAUAUGUAAUGAGAAGGUCGGACGAUGAUCAAAUAUCUCUUCUUAUGGAAAGGGUGAUUUUAGCAUCCAGUAAUCUCUCAAACGGUUUCAUAGUUCAAAAGAAACUGAUGAAAACAUUAUGGAUCUUCUUAACAGUAAGUGCUAUUUGGAUGCUGAUGUCCUCCAUAUCAAUUGCUUCAAUGACUUAUGAAGGAAAUAUCGAUUUCAAGUGGAUUCCAGAAACCAGAUCUCCGAAUUUGGACAUAACACUGAAAGUCUUGUUGGUGGCUACUAUUUUAUGGCAUGACAUGAUCGAAGGAAUAAUAAUUGCAAAUUAUUGUAUACAGACACAACUGCUGAUCUCCUAUUUGUUUUUUUUGAGGGAGAGACUACUUCAGUACGCAGUUGAGCCUAUCAAAUGGAUGAGGGAUAUAGAAGAAUUCAGGAAGAUGUUGAAUUACGUGAAUUCAGAAGUUUCUCUGUCAGUUAGCAUUUUUACCCUAGUCAACAUUUCUUAUGCAAUAUCUGGUAUAUUAUGGCUGUUGAAGCUAGAUGUUGUAGAUAAGAAACCUAUGCCUAUUGUGGGAAUUAGCCUGAUGAUCAUCCUGCUUUGGAUAUUCAUUGCUGUUAUACCAUUUAUACAGGCCAUCCGUCUCAGCAAUGCUUGUGAGAUGUUAAAAGAUGUAGGUCACAAAGUGAGAAUACAACCCUUCGUUCACUCUGGCACGCCUACAUCUGAACUAGAUUCAGUUCUAUUAUUCACAUCGACACUGAGGAUCAAUGCGAAAUUAUUCAAUAAUAUCGUAACAGGAUCUAACUUGUGUUUUUGUCUUGUUAUUACAUGUAUUGGAAUCUUAGUUUUAGGUAUGUGUCAUUACUUAGCAUUUUAAAAAUAAUGAUAGAUCUGUUAUUUUUGUUGUUUAGGCUGUUGAUCGAAAAUUUUAUUUUAA